UAUCAUAAAGUUUGUCACUCCUGAGAAUGCUGCUUACCUGUGAGCCAAAGCGCCGACAUCGCCUCACCUGGACCGUCUGCGAUGGAGACAAUCAGAUGAAAUAUGAUGAGGAUAUUAUUUUUCGGUGCACUUUUUUCGACGAAGGAAAGAAGCAGCAGAGCUGAGCUGAGACAAAGUUUCUCCAAUCAAGGUGCAUUUAUUCCAAACAGAAAAUAACAACAGCAGCAGCAGCUCCAAGGACAGACAGGUUUUUUCAAUGCAUCCCCAUCCCACCAUGUGGUAAUCUUCUCAGCGUUACCCAAAAGAUAGUGAACAACACUUUGAGCGGCUGACCUCAUCAACAGUCUUCCACCUGCACCAGCUGCUCACAUGGCCCAUCCUUACGAGCCUUGGUUACGGACAGCAUCACCUAGUGGCAGCUCAGAAGACAUGAAUAUCCCCUCCUGGUGGGACCUCCACAGGGACGUCCCACCAGGGAGCUGGAUAGACCUGCAGACGGGGCAGGGUGUCGGCUUGCCUUCAGUGAGUCCAGGGAGCUCCAUGGGGUUGCAGCCCUCUUUAGGGCCCUACGGCUCUGACCCGCAGCUGUGCACCCUGUCUCCAGCUCAGCACGCUCCAGCCUCGCACUCAUCUCACCUCUUCCCCCAGGAUGGCUUCAAGAUGGAGCCGCUGGCCCCUGAAAUGCUGCAACAAGAACCGUUCUCCCUGGAGGAACCACAGGAGAACGCUGUCUCAGCCCGCCCCAAGCCCCAGCGCCGCUCCUCUUCCAGAGGCGCGGGCCAGGCUGUGUGUCGCUGCCCUAACUGCGUCCAUGCUGAACAGCUGGGCCAGAGCACUGAAGACAGCAGGAGGAAGCACAUGCACAACUGCCACAUCCCUGGCUGCGGCAAAGCCUACGCCAAGACCUCCCAUCUCAAGGCUCACCUAAGAUGGCACAGCGGGGACCGGCCGUUUGUCUGCAACUGGCUCUUCUGCGGCAAGAGAUUCACACGCUCUGAUGAACUGCAGCGCCACCUGCAGACGCACACCGGUGCCAAGAAGUUCAGCUGCGCAUUAUGCCCGAGAGUGUUUAUGCGCAAUGACCACCUGGCCAAGCACAUGCGCACACACGAGUCCCCGCCAGGACAUGGGGAGGAGAGGGUAAAUGGUGACGGGAGGAUGGAGAAGGGCUUUGAUGCACCUACACUUCCUCAGUCAUCCUCAAAUGUGUCUGCGUCUGACACCACAGAGCCUCCGCUGAAGCUGAAAUGUGAGACAGACCCCUCAGUCUCCAGUGUGACAGGGCAGUCCGGCUAAUUUCAUCACUUUCAGAAGAAUUUAGCAGUUUAAGGUUCCCCUCUCUGUCAUAGAGGUGUCAUAGUUUUACGAUAGGAUAGAGAAUAGAAAAAAAGGUUUGGACAAACUUUUACUGAUGAAAGUUGGAUGGAACAGAAAGCGUUUGUCUGUGGUCCUGUAAAUGUAUCAACUGGGCUAACUCAGUGAUAAUCUAAAUGUUAUAGCACACAGAAGAAAACAGGAACUUUACUGAUUCAGUGGAUAAAACUUUCCUCUGAUUACUUAAAGUGAAAGGUAGCUAAGCUGAAGCUGCAGCUUGUUGCUGGACUUCCAUUGCUGCUAGAGCCUCAACUACCAGUAGACCAAGAGACUGGGAUGAGAUCAACUGAAGCUGGCUUAUUAACUUGUUUACAAUGAAAUGAAUCAAAUGUGUUACUGGAAGAGUUGGAGAAAGGUUUGUCUCCAACACAGUUUAAUUUACCAAUUUCAAAGGCAGCAUGCUUUUGAACAGAGAAAGGAGAGAGGGAUAUUUUGUUUUUGUUUCAGACUGUCACCGUAUGUGUGUAGCCUACUGUGCAAGUUGUGAUAAGCCACUGGAAUAUAAUACAACAUUUUCUCCAUUUAAAAAGGUCAGUAGCCAUUUGAAUGGUUGACAGUUCAUGCCACAAAACUGUGUGUGUGUGUGUGUGUGUGUGUGUGUGUGUGUGUGUGUGUGUGUGUGUGUGUGUGUGUGUGUGUAUGUUGGUAUGUAAGUAAUUAAAAUGGUACUUAAACUAAAUGAAAGUACAACAGACAAUAAUGCUGUGAUGCUGAUGUAAUAAUACAAUAAAGUAUAAUAUAAUAUAAUAUAACAUAAUAUAAUAUAAUAUAAAAAAUGGGAAUUCCAUGCACUACAAAGGCUAAUAUUUGCCAAAGAUGGUGUUUCUGUCGCCAAAGUAGUUUUGAUGGUAAAACACUUAAUGAGAAAGAUCAUACAGUAGGAUAACGUGGCCACUGGUUCAGAUUACCAGAUGGAACACAACGACGCAAAGAACCAUUAAGUGAUAAUGAUGUGAAAAAGGUAAACUCACAAAUCACAAUGAAUUGAAACUGAAAAUUGAAAAGUGGUCAGACCCGCUGAGGACAGUGACGCCCUCCAGUCCUGACAUGGCAGGUAAGAGGAUGAAGCUGAGCGUCAUGGCCACCAAAGCUGGACGUGGAGAGAAAAUGCUGCCGGGUCAAAUGAAACCAGGUUUCUGUUGCUAAAUGCUGAUGACAGUGAUCAUAUUUGGAAUAAACACGACUCCACAGAUCCACCCAGUCAACACUACAGACUGCUGGUACUGGAUGAAACCAGUUUACUCCAGUGGCCUCUCCAGAUUUAAAGCUGCACUAAUCAAUAUUUUUACAUUAACAACAGAUCACAUUAGUCGCUCGUAGUGAUGAACUGAGUGUAUUUGAGUUUUGGUUUUCUGGCCUGCAACUUUCCUGUUUUGGUUCAGUCUCACCGCUCUCAUCAACCUCAUUAUCAGCAGCAGGCAGCUGUUUUUAGCAAAAACUGAUAAACCCACUGUAGGCUGAUUUCCCAGCACCAAAUGUCAGAAAAGACAAAAUUAGAUAAGAUAAAUGAAUAGAUAAGAUAAAUAGAUACAUUUGGUGAACACAGUGGAGCAUUUAGCAGCUAAAGAGUCAGAUAUUUUGCCUAAGGAAUUGGUGAAGACCAAACCAAGCUAAAAGGAGAGUGAAUAUUAUAUCCGUCAGGUGGCCAGAAACACAACUCCGAAUGAAUGGCAAUUUUGCACUGUGUCUGCUGGACGUGUAAUUAGGCAACUGUUUGCAAAGUUCGCCAUAACGUCUUUAUACAGUGCUAAUAUGUCAAAAUGCCAUAUUUACAGCUUGUUCUGCUGCCUCAAAUGGCCCCAAAAAAAUGUAUUGAUACUGCUUUUCGUAUCAUAAAGGAGCAACAGAAAAUCUCAAAAGAACUAACCUUAAAUUCACGCCUCAAAAGGUUUAAGCGGUUGUGGGAGCAGAAGGUUGUCCCACCGAUACCUUCCAGGUGUACCUCAUUAAGUGGGCUCAUACAGUUCUUCCAAAUAUCAUCAGCUCGAUAACCAUUUGCAUGUCUGAUCAAGCUAUAGUCCCAAUCAUCAACAAAGAAUGUGCGACGGGCUUCUCUCUCAACACAUUUUUAUUAACAUCUGUUGGUGUGUCUGCAGUUUCUAUAUGUUCACUGAUGCUGACAAAUCAUGUAGCAAAAUGCCUUUUUUGAAACAUGACAACCAGUUGACUCUGAAUUAGCAUGCAGAGAACAGACUGUGUUAGCAGUCAAGUAGAUGUAAUAAAAUGCAGUUGAAUAAUACAAGCAGCGGAAAUUGUUUAGGUUACUUGUUUUGAAUAGAUAAUCGAUAUUAUGUGAUCAAUAGUUCUGUAGCAAGCAGUGUGAGCAGCUUUACAGUUUGAAACACUAUUAGGAUGUAUGUAAACCAUCACAGACAUUAGGCUGAAAUUUAGGGAGCUUGCAUUAUUGGAGGCUCACGAUUGCUGUAUUUAUGUAUAGAAGAUAAGAAAUGGAAUACAGUGCUUAAACAUUAGUCAAUUAUUGUGUAUUGACUAUUAUUGUUAUUUUGUGUUGAUGUUAUUAUAGAUAGUUUUCUUUCAUGUUGGUCAGUAGAACAAGAUGAACAACUUUUUUUAAUUGGUUGCUGUAGUGAAUGUUUUAGUUGACUGUAAUAAACUAAGUUCGAAAACAUUUAAUAAGUUAAGUAUAAUGGUGUAAUAACUUGUAUUUAAUCUAUUAUUGUCCUUUAUUAAAUAAAACAACUAUAUUCUGUG